ACUUUACUUGUCAAUUCUUACAUUAAGUACAGGUGGCGCACAUGAGACAAGCACCUGUACAUUUUAAUAUUUACCUACAGAUUUUCGACUAUAUCAUGAGUACAAAUAUUACAAUGUGAUUUUUUUUAAAACUAUGUAGUAUUUGAUUUAUUAUUUGGACCAGAAAUGUAUACAUAACUACGUUAUCGACUGCAACUUUCAUAUGAUCCUAUACUUUAUUAAUGACAAGAAGAGAUCAUCGAGAUUUUUACUAAAUGAAUAUAACGAUGACGGUCAUGGUGUCAUCGUUUAACAGGCUUAUCGUUGAUAACAAGAGUUGUUUCAUACUACCUAAAAUUUUUGUGGAUAUUAGUUUUACUUUGGAUUCUGCUUCAUGCUAGUCCAUGAUUCUGCAAAAAUUCCAACCACUUUUUACUGUCAGGGAAUAUUACAAUGGAUAUAAUCAGCAUAGAAAGUGGCGAGACAGGGAUACGUUCUUCCAAGAGUUCAUCUAUUAUCAAGCCAAGCUGUAUCAACUCCAAUUCAAUAUGCUACGUUAUAGUAAUCAUGGCUACUCUAGCUCUACUAGGAGCUAUUGUAUUCAUCUGUCGCGAUUAUAUCAAAAUUUUACUUUACUGGAUUGAACAUCAAAAUACAUGGAUCGUAACAAUCAUCAUGAUUGCAUUGUUCACACUUGUUUCGUUUCCUGUAAUAAUAGGCUACUUAUUUCUUAUUAUUGCUAGUGGUUAUUUAUUUGGAAUAGUGCAGGGUAUUAUGAUGGUUUUGUUGUCAGCUAACUUAGGAAUUGCCAUAGCUCAUUUUGUUCUAACUAGCCUAUCAUCUAAUUUACCGAUUGGAGCACUAUUACAAAGUGACACAGCCAGAGCUAUACUCAGAGUGAUUUCAGGACAGCAAGCAUUUAAGGUUGUACUUUUUACAAGGCUCACUCCUAUACCAUUUGGAUUACAAAAUACUAUUUUUGCAGUGAGUCAUAUAGGGGGUUUAAAAUAUCAUCUAGCCAGUGCAAUAGGUUUGUUACCAGCUCAAUUAAUUAAUGUUUAUCUGGGAAGCAGUUUAAGAUCAAUGCAAGAUGUUUUAGAAGACAGAUCUACAGCAGCUACUGGUUAUAUUGUCUUUUGCUUCCAGAUACUGAUAGCAGCUUCUUUAAUGGUAUAUGUAGUCCAAAAGGCUAGAAGAGAACUUCAAAUUGCCUUGCUAGAAGCAGAUCUUGCAUCUGUUGGAGAAUCAACACACAGUUAUAUGGAUAAUCCAUCGGAUUCAAAAAUGCUACUUUAAAAGCCAUUACUAGAAUCUGUAAUAAAAAGUAAUAGACUCAAGAUUUCCAAAGAUUUUGAUUAGUAUAUCAAUGAGAAAAUGACAAUUUCUAAGGAAGAAUCAUCCAAAGUAUCCAAAUAAGUGUUACACACUAAAAAAGAAGAACCUGCUGAAGUAUUAGAAAAGUGAAACUCCAACAUUUUCUAUUGAUGUUGCUUGUUGGAGUAUACGGUUGUGUACUAUUAGUGCACUUUAGUAAACUCUCUAUCUGCCCUUUACUGGAAUUAUAAAAAGUGCCAACUCCACUAUCAUAACAUUUAUAAUUUGCAUUUAACUUGGGAUAACUGCAUUUAUUUGUAUAACUUGCUUAUGUUUUUUUCUAUGUCUUCUCUGGACACUUGGUUUUCUUCCAGGAGUGGGUUUUUAUAUACAAUAAGUUUUUGAAAGUUAAAACUAACUUGCACAUAACUUGAAUGAAAAUACUGUAUAAAUUUACAGCAAUCACAAUAUGUGUAACAUGAUAUACUACUUGUGAGAGUAUAUGCAUAAAUAUGUAGAUUCAUAUUUAAAUAGUCACAUGGAUGCAUUAAAUAUUUAUAACUUUAAAAAUGGUUGUGUUUAACUUGAAAUUGAUAAUUUAGAUUAUUUUUAACAAUUGCGCUAAUUUAGUUUAUUCUAUUUUAAUUUGUAAAAAUAUUUUUAUAUAAAAUGUUUUGAUUAAAACACCAUUUAGUUUCUGGUCUUCCAGUUAUUUAUUUUGUAUGAAUAAUCAGACUUGUAACAUAAUAUUCAGCGAUUCCGUGAAUAUUUCAAUUCUUUAAAGAUGAUUGACACAAAUGUCAGAUAAUUUAUAGACAUUGAGAAAUGAUGAAUAACUUCAUUUUAAGUUGGUUCUUAUGCGAUAAAGUAUCUUACUUUCAAGCAUGCAAAGUUAACACAAUAUAAUGCGUAAUCAAUUGAUUUGUGAUAAAAAUUAUAUUAAAAGUAAUAAUAAAAUUUUAGAAAUGAUGUAAAAAUGUAUACUUUUUCACUAAUGGGUGUUUACAAAAGAACAAUCUAUAUAAGUCUCUAAUUCAAUGUGAAAAAUGUAAAAAAUAGAAAGAACAAUGAGAAAAUUGAAAAUUGUAAAGUACAGAUAAAGUAUAAAAAUCUUUUAAGAAAGUCUGUAAAGUUAUUUGUCACUUUAUUGACGAAAGAAAUAUUUUAUUGUAACAUAUAAAUUUGAAACCGUUUAAAUAGCUAUAUUUGUU